AUGAAGCCACAAUACGAAAACUGGAGCUCAAAGAAGAUUAUUGGUGUCAAGGAUGAACAGAAAUUCGACUCUAUUGUUGCACAUCUUAAAAGAAUGUUGGUUUGUUACAUCCAAGAAAUUGGGAAGAUGGAUGUGGAAAUUACGUCUGUCCUUCACAAGAAAAAUAAAGUGCAUCCUAAGGAGCAUAUGAAUGAUCUUGACAGGAUGAAAUUGGGGAGAAUACGAAAGGAUGAUUGGAGUGUGGGAUUUCAAAUACGAGAAAGAGCUUAUGCUAAUUUUCAUAGAGUUUGCUUCUUUCUACCUAACAGGAAUCUAUACUCCACCUCAUGUCUGGAAUACAUUUUGGAUUUUAUAAAUCAGUGCAAAGCAAACAGUGUUGAGGACCAAAAAUGUUUCUCAAAUAUGAUCAACUGGUACAUCUUGAUUCGCAAAACUUUACUUCGAAUGAUGCCAAAAAAUUUCAAUGUUCAAAAGCACCAACCAAACUAA